GCGACAGCGUAGCCCGAGAGAGCGGCGUUCUCUUCGCUCUGAUUGGCCGAAGCUGCUCGAUGAAUCAACGGACGGAUAAAUCGAACAUCCCCAGUGUUCGAAAGACAGCGUUCUAGAAUGUGUGUUUCCACCGUUACCUUCAGUUAAAGUCCUCUUCCUUGUUUUUAAUGUUAGUACUUUCGCUUCAUCAUGUGACACCCAGCACUUCCUCCAGGAUCAUUUUUGCCACACUUUGUGAUUUUGGCUUGAAAUGGCAGCUUUGACAGUCGCUUCUUUGCUUCUGUCGAUGCUGUUGAUCGGCACCUGCAGAGCAAAAUACGAACCGACCUGGGAAUCGAUCGAUUCCAGACCGCUGCCGGAAUGGUUCGAUCAGGCAAAGUUUGGCAUCUUCAUACACUGGGGGAUCUUCUCCGUCCCGAGCUUCGGCAGUGAGUGGUUCUGGUGGUACUGGCAGAAGCAAAAACUACAGCCAUAUGUUGACUUUAUGCAGAGGAAUUAUCCUCCAGGCUUCAAGUAUCAAGACUUUGCAGCACACUUUACUGCUGAGUUCUUUGAUGCCAAAGAAUGGACCGACAUCUUUGCCUCAUCAGGAGCAAAGUACAUCGUCCUGACUACAAAACACCAUGAAGGUUUCACACUAUGGGGCUCAAAAAACUCGUGGAACUGGAACGCAGUGGAUGUUGGACCCAGGAGAGAUCUGGUGGAUGAGGUUGCGAGUGCACUCCGCGCUAACAGCGACCUACGUUUAGGAUUGUAUCACUCCCUGUUCGAAUGGUUUAAUCCACUCUUUGAACAGGACGCUGCCAAUGUCUUCACUACAAACUUCUUUCCUACCAGUAAAACCCUGCCUGAGCUUUAUGAGCUCAUUGUCAAGUACAAACCAGACGUGCUGUGGUCUGAUGGGGAUGGAGACGCACCUGACAACUACUGGAACAGCACUGGUUUCUUAGCCUGGCUCUAUAAUGACAGCCCGGUACGAGACACAGUGGUGACAAACGAUCGCUGGGGUUACGGCUCCAUCUGCAAACACGGUGGAUACUACACCUGCGCCGAUCGCUACCAGCCGGGACACUUGCUCAAACACAAAUGGGAAAACUGCAUGACCAUCGACACAAAGUCCUGGGGUUACAGACGCAACGCUCCUCUCAGUGACUACCUCACCAUUGAGCAGCUUGUGGCGACGCUGGUGGAGACGGUGUCGUGUGGGGGAAACCUGCUGAUGAACGUCGGCCCCACACACGACGGAAGGAUCGCUCCAAUCUUUGAGGAGCGUCUGAGGCAGGUGGGUCAGUGGCUGAAGGUCAACGGGGAGGCCAUCUAUAACACCACCGCAUGGCGGUCCCAGAAUGACAGCUUCACGCCCAACGUCUGGUACACUUCCAAACCACAGGAAAAGGCAAUUUUUGCUAUUUUACUAAAGUGGCCUGAUAAUGGAUCUGUGAUUCUGAGAGAACCUGCCGUUACACAAGGACAGACUCAGGUGGAGCUUCUCGGCCACGGGUCUCUGCAGUGGGAGCCUGUGAAACCCAGCGGACUGCGGGUUCUCCUGCCCCAGCUGUCCUUCAGCAAGAUGCCGUGCCAGUGGGCCUGGACGUUGAGGCUGACAGGUGCCACUUAAAGGGAAACCAGAUCGGUUGAAGAAGAACAGACGAAGCUGCAGCGUUAUGAAGCGAAUAAUUUUAUAUAUGUUUUAAUCAUUGAACACAACCCAUGACAUAAAUCAGACUUAUGAGUUCUCAAAUUGGGUGCAAUUUUGAGAAUAGGGUAAAAAUUAUAAUGUGCAUUGUACUGUAUGUAAAUGACACUCAUAAUGUAUUGUAAGGUUUUUGUAUUGGAUGUAAAUGUUAUAUUCAUGGUCUUGUAUUUCAGCUCACUUUCUUAACUUUGGGACCCAAAAGUCAUUUUUACGUCCAGGCCAACAACUACUCGAGCAGCAACAUUAAUCUCAGUGAUCACAAGGAUUCCUUCCUUUCAUUCAAUAUACGUCACUAUAAUUUAAUGUACAUAUUCAUUGGCACUUCUACAUUUUGUAUUUACAAUUUUGAAUAUUCAAUUCUUACUGUCCAUUCACCAUACUUUCAGGCUCUGAAACUGUUGCCUUUUACUGCUGUGUAUAUGAUUAUGUAAUUAUAUGAUGUAUAUUUCUGCCAUUCUUGCCCUUAUGUAAUUUUUUUUUAUGUUUUGUUUUUGUAUUGAUUAAUGGGGUUUAUAUAUUUUAUAUGUGAAGGAAUGCUUAAAUAAAAU